AUGUUGAUCGACGAGAGAGACAUGAUUGAAAUUAAUUUGAAUUCCUCAUCGAUGGGUUCAACGUUGCUGCAUGAAACACCCUGCCUGACAAAGUCCUUUAGCAUAACAGACCUCAAGGAUCGUGCCCUGCAUUCAAGGAUUAAACCCCAACCAAAAUAUGCCACAAUUGGUGGUGUCAAGGGCAGUAGCAGUCUUGCCAAUGGUAAACAAUUGGAUAGUCCAAAUAUUAGUUGUCUGAGGCAGAUGUAUUGUCCCGACUGUAAACAGCGUUUGGAUAAAGAAAGUGUGCGAUUUGAAUCUCUGCUGACGUGCUGUCUACCAUUAUUCCCGCUGACAACUGUCUAUAAAUGCUGUUUGAAACGUUCGGUUGGACGCAAGGUGAUCUGUAACAAGUGUGGCAGUAAUUUGGGCUAUUGGAAGAGAUCGUAAAA